UAUCGUAUACCUUAUAUAGUAUGUCUUAUAGAUACCCAUACAGAUACCUUGCGUUUCGUAACCUCCGAGUCUAGUACAGCACACACGCGGCAAGCAGCUAGACGUGUACGGUCGACUCUCCUGCCUUUUUACACUGAGAAAGCCCGUUUCACUGCGUGACAUCUCUUGAUUUCGAAGGAGACCCCAAGAAUGCCUGCAGUGAGAUCAUCAACCUCAACCAAGAGAAACAAAAGGUUGUUGGAGGAUAUAAGUAAUACUGUUGAGGUAUCCAUGGCAGCAAACAUAAAGAAACCAUCUUUGAAAAAGAAUUUAAUGUUGUCAGAAGAUGAGGAGAGCAGUGAACCAGUGUCUAAAAAGACAAGGACUGCUAGAGCAUCAUCUUUCUCAAAGAAAAAGGUUGAUAUCAAGAAGGAAGACCUGUCAGAUGAGGAACCAGAAGCAAAGCCCAUAAGGAGGACCAAGAGAGCAGCCAUUCUUUAUUACACUGUAAAAGAAAAGAAAAUUGUGAAACCUCAAACAAAGGAUGUAAAAGUUGAGCAAGACUUGGAGUCUGAAGAAGAGAAAGAAACUCCAUCUAUGAAACUCUCGGAUUAUGAGCUUAUGAUACAAAAGAACAUUGAAGAAAGACAGAAGUUUUUAGCUUCACUCAAGAUUUUUGAGGCCAGAGAUGAACUUGAAGAGUUAGCCCCACAGCCUGUUGCCAAGAAAGCAACAAACAGAGGAAUUACCCGCAUCAAGGAGGCUCCACAACCAACAGAGCGUCGAAGGAGUUUAAGGCAGCAGAAAAUGACUCCAGAUGGAGCUGAUUUGCCGCUGCCCUCUGAAAGGGAGAUUGCCAAGGGUUUGGCAGAAUCUUCAGAGCAGAGGAACCCUCGACCCCCACCUGGACCAGGACCAAUAAUGGACUAUUUCAGUGCUCCGGGAGAGGAAGAGUUUGAGGAAUUCCUAAAAGAUGUACACAGUAUGAAAGUGGCAGGAGGAGAAAAGAGUGUUUGGUCGCAGGAUAGCCCAAGUGUUAUCAAGACAUUAAAGAAGAUGAAGAUUACAGAAUCUCUUGUUGCUAAGGUAGUUCCCAGCCGGACUUUCUCAGUCCAGAUCCACCCAACGUUAGAUAAGACUCUGGUCAUGAUUGGUGGAAAAUAUGGAGAGCUUGGGCUUUGGGAUGUACAUCGUGAAGACUCGAGCAAUGGUGCUCACUUCUUCAAUCCACAUUCACGGCCAAUCAACUGCCUUACUGUAGACCCUUGGAAUUAUCAGAAUGUUUACACAACAAGUUAUGAUGGAUCUGUAAGGAGAACAGAUCUGACAUCAGGGAUUGUCCAGCAGGUUUACAGCUAUGUUGAAGAGGAAGCCUAUAAUGUGUAUACUUCAUGGCAUGCACAUAGAGAUGAAAAUACAAUGCUUGUUGGAGGAAGCCUUGGGGAUUUGGUUCAGGUUGAUGUUCGUGACUGUAACAGCAACCCAGUGGAGUACAAGGUACAUAAUGGCAAAACAGUCAAAUUGGUGACCGUGCAUCCAACACAGAGUCAUUAUGUUGCAACAUCAUCAAGAGAUGGGUGUGUUUCUCUAUGGGACCUAAGAAAAAUAAAGAAGAAUACACCAAUUGCUGAAUGUCCUCAUGGCCGCAAUGUGUCUGGUUUGGAGUUCUCACCAGUUACAGGAAAUACCCUGAUUUCAACUUGCUCAGACAAUUACUUGAGAUUCAUAUCUUGUGACAUGAGUAAUUUAAAAGUACAAAAGAAAAUUCACCACAACAAUCAAACAGGAAGAUGGCUGACUACCUUUAAGGCCCGUUUCCUACCAGGAAGGGAAGACUUGAUAGUUGUGGGGUCCAUGAUGCAGCCAAGAAGGAUUGAAGUGUGGUCAAAUGAUGGUCAGUUGGCACAUGAAUUCAAAGGCGAAGAUUUUGCAUCUGUUGCAAGUAUAAAUGCAUUCCAUCCUACACAAGCUGUUCUGGCAGGAUGUAAUUCCUCAGGAAGAGUACAUGUCUUUAUGUAGAAGAAACUGAGUAAAGGCAGUGUGAUAGUUCCAAAACAAUCUCCAAAGCUGCAAACUUGGUGUUAGCCUUAAAUGCAUUCCUGGAAGAUACUCUUCUUUGUAUCAGACUUUUAGUAAUGAGAGGUGAAUUUUUCAUAUUAGAGAAAGUUAUUAAUUUUCAGUCAGUAUUAUUGUUAGUCACAAAAAAAGAAGACAUAUUUAUGUUAAGUUGGAAGCUUUGAAUAUGUACAAAAGGUGCUCAAGGUGCAUGCUCCGUUUUUAUUUCCAGUGACUAGUAAGUUUGGGGAAAUUGUAAAUAUUGAUUAUAAAUAUUGGGAAAUCAUGUGUUAGGUUACACUGAUUAUUUUAAAUAAUUGAAAUGCAGCUAAUGUUGAAUGGCAAAAAAAUCAGCCUACUGUAAUAAAGAAAAAACAAAUUCAGUUUAUUGAAUUAUUUUGCUAAGCAAAGUUUGUUUGGUCACUUUAAAUGUGAUGAACAGUACAAAUAAAUCAUUUUGUAAACCAAGAAAGAUUAAUACUAUAAAUGUUAAGUUGCUUAUAGUGUAUUUUCAUGUUUUAGUUGUACCAUUUUAUGGGUUUCAUGAAAAGCAUGCAUUAUAUAAUAUAGUAAAAGACAGACUUGGAAACUUUAAGACUAACCACAGUGGUCUUUUUCUACAACCAAAGAUGACGUCUAAAUCCUAACUCGACAAUGGCGAUAGAGAACAAAGAAAACAUUUGCCAUAUAAAAUCUCAGACUGACAGUAGACUAAUAUUAUGAAUACUAAAAUAGUAACAAAAAUCCUAGUGGACACAAACCAGUUGUUAUUUGCAGCACAUGACACAGUAAUAUAUAUAGUGUAUUCUGUUUACAUUAAUGUCUGAGAAGCCAAGGGCAAUUGUUAUAAAGCCAAGGGCAAUUGUUAUAUAUGCAUGUGUAUAUUAUGAUCAUUAUUUGGCUGUAUUUUGUCAUAAUUUAAAACAUUGGUUAAUUUUUAAAUCUGUAAAUUUGUGUUACUAAUAGGCAUUAUCUCCAAUGGCUUAUGAAAAAGGUAUUUUUAAAGACUUUUUGGGCAAUAAGCCCACAGCAGUAAGUGCUAGACUUUGCAUCCAAGCAUAAUUGAAAUCAAUAAUUUCUCUAAAAUGCAAAGUUCUGGAAAAAGUUGUCUUAUGUACCUACAGAUGAAAUACAUUUUGUGUUGGUAGUUACCAGUAAUGUAUGCCUGGCAUGAAGCAUGCAAAUACUCUAAAGUUUUAUUUGUCAUUUUAUGUGGUCGAAAAUAUACACAUUGGUGAAUGAAGCUUAAUUUUUUCUGAUGCUAUUUUGUACAUAGAUUAAUAAUUAAAUAUUUGAUUAUCAUUUUAUACAUUCUUAAAAGGAGCAUGUAAAGCAGAUAAUGUGUCAGAAGUUCACCAGAUUAUUGUUUUAUAUUUUUGUACAAUAUUGAAUUUUAAGAUGCCAUAUAUACAUGGUAUGUACUCAACAUGAUGUAAAUUGCUUUUUUGAAAAUAUAUUUCAUAAUGAUA